AUGGAUGAUAAUGGAUCCUCUGACUUGUUCAUUAUCAGGUUCAUUGUCGCGGGCUUGGUCCUGGUCCUGGUCCUGCGCCUGUACCUGAAUCGGUACUUGAUCCUUUAUACUGCAUCAAGGAGGGGUUAUCACAUUUUCGUAGAAAUUCUCUAUAUAUGUGGUCUAUCGAUUGAGGUUAAAUUUGGUUAUGGGCAAUCUCCCCUUUGGACUGCAUCAUGGAAUGGACAUGAGAGUGUAGUGAAACUCCUCCUAGACAGAGGAGCACAAAUAGAGAGUAAAUCAGUUAAUGGGCUUUCUUCCCUUUGGGCUGCAUCAUAUAAUGGACAUGAGAGUGUUGUGAGACUCCUCCUAGACAGAGGAGCACUAAUAGAGAGUAAAUCAGAUAAAGGGAGUUCUCCCCUUUGGAUUGCAUCACAGAAUGGACAUGAGAGUGUUGUGAAACUCCUCCUAGACAGAGGAGCAUUAAUAGAGAGUAAAUCAGAUAAGGGGCGUUCGCCCCUUUGGACUGCAUCAUAUAAUGGACAUGAGAGUGUUGUGAGACUACUCCUAGACAGAGGAGCACUAAUAGAGAGUAAAUCAGAUAAAGUGAGUUCUCCCCUUUGGAUUGCAUCACAGAAUGGACAUGAGAGUGUUGUGAAACUCCUCCUAGACAGAGGAGCACUAAUAGAGAGUAAAUCAGAUAAUGGGCGUUCUCCCCUUUGGACUGCAUCAUGUAAUGGACAUGAGAGUGUUGUGAAACUCCUCCUAGACAGAGGAGCACUAAUAGAGAGUAAAUCAGAUAAAGGGACUUCUCCCCUUUGGAUUGCAUCACAGAAUGGACAUGAGAGUGUUGUGAAACUCCUUCUAGACAGAGGAGCACUAAUAGAGAGUAAAUCAGAUAAAGGGACUUCUCCCCUUUGGAUUGCAUCAUAUAAUGGACAUGAGAGUGUUGUGAGACUCCUCCUAGACAGAGGAGCACUGAUAGAGAGUAAAUCAGAUGAAGGGAGUUCUCCCCUUUGGAUUGCAUCAGAGAAUGGACAUGGGAGUGUUGUGAAACUUCUUUUAGAAAGAGGUGAAAUGACCGAGGCAAGUGUUCUGAGCAGCCACAGCCCACUCCACACAACUAUAGAUUGUGAAAACUCGAUGGAGACAUUGCACCAACAGAAAGCUGACAUAGAGAGUAAAGAUAAUAACAAGGGGAAAUCUCCGUUAAACCAAGCGGCAACAGUAGGUCAAACAGAAAUUGUCCAGAUUCUACUUGAACAUGGCGCAGACAUCGCGAGUAAGGAUAAUGAUGGAUUUUCUUCUCGGGACAACUGUGUGAUACACGGACAGAUUAAUGUCAUUGAAUACUUUUUGAAAAAUAUCACUGAUGAAGCCGACCUUAAGAAAACCAUUGAAAGAUGGUUACUGCUGGCAGUGAGAUAUGGACAGAAAGAGGUUGUAAUUUUUCUAGAGAAAAUGAACAAAACACCAGGUUUAGACUUUGUAGGUCAUAACGGACAGUCUCCUUUAGCCACAGCUAUCUCACAUAGUCAUUUUGAAUGUGUCCGAAUGCUCCACUCAUUGGGUGCAACAUUGUCUUUCCUCAGCAAUGUCGAACUUGCACAAUGUUUAUCUCAAAGUGGAUCUAUUGAUAUUUACAAGUAUCUCUUGAUUACUGGAUUAAACCAACAUGCAGAGGAUUUGAGGGAUCACCACAAUCUUUCUUUUAGUGAAGACAUUAACUGGGACAUCUUCAGAAUGGCCCUUUCACCGCAUGAAGUAGAAGAGAGGAAAAGAAUUUCCACUUCCAGUUUGAUCAAAUUCCCAGGUUUGGGUUCGGUCCAGAGCCUAAAUCAGGAUAAACUGAAUGAGCUGAACGUAACCAUUGACACCAAAAUUAGGGCGAUCCUUCAACACAACCAAUGGAUUGUGACACUCACUGGAGGUUCAGCCGAAUUAACCAAGGUGGGAUUCCCUGAUGAAUUUGACUUCACAGUCAAGCUCACAAGUGAUAUUCACAUAACUGACAUUACAGAUGUUUGCCAUGGUUACAGAAGGUGCGACAUCAAUAAUCAUGAAUUAAAUAGCAGUAAGUUGGUGCAUUCUCUUCUUUGGUCUUACAUUGAUUCAAGUGAUGACAUGAUCGUUUCAACCCCUUCAGCUGUUGCUGGUGGUGGCAGUGCAAGCACGGUCAUCCAAUUGAGAUGGAAGGAGGACGAACAGCGCAGUCUGGUGGUGUCGAUAGACCUUGUACCCGUGCUUCCAGUAAAUGACUGGCCGGAUGAUGCCAUUCAGAAAACCUGGAUGAUGGGAUAUGAUGACCUCAAGAAACAGGGCUACCAGUUGGUUGUAAGACCUCCACACAAGGACAGCUCAUUCGGGAAGACUUUCAAAGAAGCUGAACGUGAGAAACUCUACCGUGUCACAUUUUCUCAGCUUGAGGUCGCGCACAUCAAGGACUUACAACCCAGGGUAAAGAAUGCCUACAUCUUGGCAAAAUGUCUCAGGGAUCCGGUCGUUUGUCAAGUUGUCGUGAAAGAUGACGGCAUGUUACAUUUUGUCGACAAAUUCCUCACAAGUUAUCUUCUGAAAACUGUCUUUAUGCACAAUGUGAAAGACUUCCUUGACCAUGAGCGCCCCCUGGUCGAGAUGGCCUACAUACUGUACUCUCAGCUGGAGUACUAUCUCUCACGUGGAUCCAUCCCAAUAUUCUGGAUGCCCAAGGUCAACCUGCUACAAGGGGUUAACAUUAAUGCAGCUAAAUCUCACAAGGUGGCAGCACAUAUGAAGGCCUUUGUUGGUGGACUUUACAAGGAGGAAUUGAACCAAGAGCCACCAAGAAAUGUGAAUGCAAACCUCGGCAAACCACCAUGUCGCCUGGAUUUGGAUCCGAAUGACGCAACAGCAUUAGAAAUUCUAUCGCUGCCUUUAAAACCAGGACAGUAAGGUUGAAGGAAGUUCGGAGAACUCAAGCAUUCUUAAGAUGGCCCCAAAUAUCAGGAAACGCAAUCUUGAGGGGGGGGGACAUUUGUCCUGAUGCUAGCUCUGUCAGCCAAAUCCUGGAUUAAGUUGUUGGUUAGUUUUUGAUGGUAACAUGCUGCAUGUUUUGAGUAUUGUCCUAAUAAUUGCGCGGUGGAGCCACUGGCAUUGGAGAAGUGAGGAGGCAGAGUCACUAGGUGAAGUAACAAGUUGGACAAAUCUUGUCAGCACUCAGUUGGUGAUUUUCGGCUACGUCACGUUUUUUCAGUCCCCAGUACACUACCUGGGACCUAGUACAAUGCUUGAACUACAUGUAACACAAUGUAUUUUAAUACAAGACCACUCAUUUACGUUGACACGAUGAUUUUUUUUGCCAAUCAUUUCACUUAUGUAUCAUUUAUUCAUCUGUGAAAAUGUCAUGCCUCUAGAAGAAAGGGUUUCAAUUUACUGUAAGAGAAACUCUGUAUGUAAAAGUGUACUGAGAAAUUUCACACCAUGACCUUGGGAGAUGCA